UGGAAAAGCAAAAAAAUAACUAGUAGAGUCGAGCUAGAACUGUAUAAUGGGAAAGUGCACAUGGAUUAACUGUAUAUCCACUGUUUACACCUGCACGUGUCAGAUGAAUCAGAUCAGAAAUAAAGCGAAUUUGUUACUUUUUCCUUGUGUCAAACGUUCAGUUUCCUCGGUGUAAACAUCAUCGCUCACUCUGGUGGGUUGCACUCAUCCAUUCACUGGCGUCUCACAAACACUCACACACUCACAGUCAGUUUUACAGUCAAUGAAUUUGACAACAUACAUCACUGAAAUGUGUUUUUAAUCGGUUAGAGUAGAAGAGAAUAGAACCAAUUUGCCUUCUGCUCACCAGGAGAUGGUGACGGAAGGAGAUGCACAGAGAGUGUUAGAAGUCAGAGACGACUUCCAAAAGCAAAGCAUGCUGAGGCGUGAUGCCGCGCUCUCCCCUGAGAGCAGCCGCAUUCUUAAAAAACAGCGGCUGGAGGCUGGCACUGGCGUUCACUGACCGCCGCCCACCAGCUCAGAUGGACAACGCCACGUACAACAGCCUCAUCCUGCAGCUCGAGGGAAUCAAGGUCACCAAGACAAGCAGGUACCCCGUCUUUGUCGCUCUGCUCCUCGUCUACAUCUUCAUCUUUGUCGCCAACCUGGGCAUCAUGGUGCUGAUCUGGAUGGACAGAAGCCUGCACCAGCCCAUGUACCUGCUCUUUUGUAACCUGUCCGUCAACGACGUUAUGGGGAACUCGCUCCUGGUUCCCAGGGUCCUGGCCGACGUUCUGGUGCCGCCGUCAGAGCGCUUCAUUCACUACUAUGAGUGUCUGAUGCAGGCGUUCACUGCGCACAUGUCCGGCACCAACGCCCACACCGUGCUCAUGAUCAUGGCUUUCGACAGGUACGUGGCCAUCUGUGAGCCGCUGCGCUACGCCGCCAUCAUGACGGAUCGGAUGGUAAUCAAGCUGACGGUGUCCGCGUGGGGCGUGGCCUUCGCACUGGUGGUGGUUCUGCUGAGUCUGACCUCGCGGCUGAACCGAUGCCGGACGCUGGUCGCGAACGCGUUCUGCGACAACGCCUCGCUCUUCAAACUCUCCUGCGAGAGCUCCCUCGUCAACAACGUGUACGGCCUGACCUUCACCGUGCUGCUGUUCUCCUCCUCCAUCGGCUCCGUCGUCCUCACGUACGCCAAGGUCACGGAGGCGUGCCUGCGCGGCAAGAGUGCGUCACUGAACGGCCGAGCGCUGAAGACGUGCGGCACGCACCUGUGCCUCUACCUGCUCAUGCUGCUCAGCGGGAUGGUGAGUAUCGCGUUGCACCGCUUCCCCCAGCACGAUGAGUACAGGAAGAUCUCGGCCAUUCUCUUCAACGUGGUCCCCGGCAGCCUGAAUCCCGUCAUCUACGGCCUGCAGUCGCACGAAAUACACAGGUGCUUGUCCAACGUGUUCCGGCGCCGGAGAGCUCACCUGGCCUUUUAAACGUCCACGCCUGACGUCGCCACAGUGACGGUUUAUAUUUGACCUCAGGUGUUUUGACCAUAUAUAAAUCUAUAUAGAUAUAUCUAGCCAUAUAUGUUUAUAUCUUUUGUUACUUAUGAAAUUCAUUUGUCCACAGACAAACAGUUAGGUUUUGGUUGUGGUCUCCUAGUGGACUGUAAAGGUACUACAGGUGUGUGAGCAUGACUUACAGCAUUUUAACAAAUAUUCUAUUUCAAUAUUUUAUUAUUUUUUAAAUAUGUGUGUAUAUAAAUGCAUGUACU